CCAAUAUUGUAAAUGCAUUUUUUACUUGGUGAAUGCAAUCAUAAUUGGAGAAAAAAAAUCCCCUGAAAUAUUUAUUGUCACAUAUUAGGAAGAGAUGACAUUGUCAAAAGAAGGUAGCUACUUAAAACAAUUUUAAUGAAAACUGACUAUUCUACACAGGUAAGUAGGAACUCUCCCAACAUAGUUUUGCUUGCUGAAUUUGAACAUAAUUAAUUUGGUGGAAAUGUGUUUUUCUAAGUUUUUGCUUGUCCAUUUUUGAACUCUCAUCUACUCAGUUAAUGGGAUACUUAAAAGAAUUAGGAUACUUGAAAGCAAUGGGUUCUUCCUAUUGCCUCUGAUACAUUUAACUUCAGCUCUGUUGAAAGUAAACUGAAAUGUUAAGACUGAUUGGGUUUGUGAGACACGGAAGACCCCCCCCCCCCCCAUAACUCUUCAAUUAACUACCGAGUAGCCUUUCAAAGAAGGUUCCUAGGUAUACUGGCUAACCACAUAAUCACCCAACUCUUUCAUCUGACAGGCCCUCGUAUGGAGAAUUGGGCACCUCCAGUGUACACGAAACUGCGUGGAUGAGUGUUGUAUGGGGAAAGGAGUGUGUAAUGCUUGUUAAAUGAAAUGAUUUAUGCAAGGUCGGGGAGCCAAGCUCUGGUGCAUCAGGGAAAGGGACCCAGGUCUUCUUGCAGUGAGUGCCUCGUCUGCAAUCCUAACUCCUUGACCGCACUCUUUGGCCACCCGCUUCAGCCCUGUACUGCAGUGGUCCCCGGGAAGUGGGGGGGCUUUGCCAGGCCUUGAAGCGGGACUUAGCCGUGCUCCCCCACUCUCCCUGGGAGUAUCAGGAACGGAUCCUAUCUCCUCCUUAACCCUUCUCCAUUUCCCAACCUUUUAAAUUUUUUUUUGUUUUUUAAAUCAUAUUCCCGCUCCAUUUUAUUGCCCUUUCCAAGCCCACUCUCAGCCUUCCGGGCAGCAGCAGCAGCAGCAGCAAAGGAGGCGACCCGCAUCCUCCCCUCCCCCGGUCUCCCCAGGCCAAGCUGGCAACGGCGAAUCCACGCGAGCUAGUGCAACGCGGGGGCACUGAUCCCCGGGAGGAGGAAAGGGGGGCAGAGGGUGGGUCAGGGCUGGUGCGUUGAGGAAGGGGGUUAGUGGCGCGUCCUCCGGCUCGUGCCUAGCGGCAGGGCCCGCGCAAGGUGCGGGUGUCUCUGUGUCAGAAUGCGAGCGUGCGCGCGCCCUCCCGCCCGCCCCGCGAGCCUCCUCCCGCCCCCUUCCCCGCCCCCGCCCCGGGCUCCUCUGAUUGGCCGGCGGGUGUCGGCCAGGUGUCAGCAGCAGCGGCAGGGGCGGCCCGGCUCAGCUGUGGGGAGCGUGAGCUACAGCAGCAGCAGCAGUGGCAGCGCCAGCGCCAGCGCCAACCAGCCUCCUUCUUCCUCUUAGUUCCCAUCCUUUCCCCGAGCGUCUAAAGCAGCAGCUGCAGCCGCACCAGCCGGGGCACCCCGCGGGUGGCAGCGCAGAGAAGCUCUACUCUGCCCUAGCCAGCUCCGGGCACUCCCCAGCCCCGGAGGCGCCCGCGCCCUGGGGCAGUGCAGGGAAGACUGCGCCCAGCUGUCGCCUCCUCCGCGGGCACUUCCCUUCUCGCCGCUCCUCCUCCUCUCCUUCCCUUCCUCUCCUUUUCUCUCCGCAUUCCCGGGAGCCUGGGCAGCCCCCGCGGACGUGGCUGCGCCUCCGAACCCCGGGGCACCCGAAGCUGCCGCCGUCUCCUUUUGCUCGUUUCCCUUCUGCUCGUCCUCGCUGUGGUGCCCACCGGAGGAUUCGGGGACAGGCAGCCGCAGGCACACUGGAGGAAGUAGCGAGCGCGGCGGCCCCGAGGGGACCCAAGGGCUGCAGGGUGGGUGCGGUGCGCUUUUCUUAACCGACAGCUGUGCCCCAGCUUUGGACGUGAGGCUGCUCAGCGCCGCCUAGAAGGAAGGACUUGUUGACCCCUGCCCGGCGUCCGUGUCCGAGUCUGUGCCAGUGCCAGGGAAGCCCGGGGCACUAGGGAUCGAUGAACCAAGUUUCUACCCGGCUUCCAUUUUGGUGCAUUUCUCUUCACUACUCGGGGUCUUUUUAACUAUUGGUGUUCAUAACUGAACAAACCAUGGGGAGGAAACUAGACCUUUCCAGUUUGACAGAUGAUGAAACAGAACACGUUCUUCAGGUUGUUCAGCGAGAUUUCAAUCUUCGUAAGAAGGAAGAAGAACGACUAAGUGAGAUGAAGCAAAAGCUUGAUGAAGAAGGCAGCAAGUGUAGCAUCCUCUCCAAGCACCGACAAUUCACAGAGCACUGCUGCAUGCGCUGUUGUGCCCCUUUCACCUUUCUCCUCAACACGAAAAGGCAAUGCUGUGACUGCAAGUACAACAUCUGCAAAAGCUGCAGUUCCUACCAGAAAAAGGAGAGGGUGUGGCUGUGUUGUGUCUGCCAGCAAACCAGACUCCUAAGAACACAGUCCCUAGAAUGGUACUACAAUAACGUGAAAAGCCGCUUCAAACGUUUUGGCAGUGCUAAAGUCCUGAAGAACUUGUAUAAAAAGCACAGACUGGAGAGUGGAGCUUGCUUCGACCUAAUAGAAGGAAGCUUUUUGGAGCCGAGCCUGGAGAAUGAAGGAAGCAUCAGUGGCAGUGAUUCUACAUUCUACAGGCAGUCGGAAGGGCACAGCAUGAUGGACAUGGCAGUGGCCUUACGAGUGGCCGAAGAAGCCGUGGAAGAGGCCAUCUCCAAGGCAGAAGCCUCCGGGGAUAGCCUGGACAAGCAGAACGAAGCCAGUUAUCUACGUGAACAUAAAGAGGAGCUGAUUGAAGAGCUUGCCACCACCAUCGUUCAGAAGAUCAUAAGGAAGCAAAAAGACAAAGGGGAACAGACAGAGAAGGACUGCGAUUGGCCGCAGCCCAGCAGCAGCACCAGGAAGGUGAGCGGUCAGCGGAUACCGGCUUUUCCAGGGGGCGAACAGGCUUCCUGCACACUCUUGAGGUCCCAGUCGGCGUUCUCCCUCACUGGGGAAGAGGCUCCAAGCAAAGACUCCCAGGUCUCGGCACCCCCGGAGACCCUGUGGGCAGAGCAGAGGGUCCAGGCGCAGAAGCUGAGGGAACAAGAGUACGCUGCCUUGCCCAGCUGGAAGAGCGUGGACAGACUGGAUGAGACAAAUCCGGAGCCCGGGUUGCAGAGCGCCGACGGGAACUGGGUGGCCCUGAAGACUAAGCCGUUUCCUCACCCCCUGCUGGCCAAACCCAAGAGCCAGGCGUUCCAGGCCCUGGAGAAGGAGUCCCGCGUGGUCUCCGCCUACGACGAGAUGGGCUCCGACAGCGAGGAGGACUUUGACUGGAACGUGACCCUGAACAAGCUCCAGCGGAGACCCCCGAGUCUCUUGGAAAACUCCCGCUCCGCCGACUCCCCGCACCACGCCGAGUGGGCGUACGGGCAGUGUCCCCGGGGCGCCUCCCCCUCCCCCGGGCCCUACGCCACCCUCGAGGCCAUGUGCUCGGACUCGGAGACGUCUUCGGUGAGCUCCUCCCGGGACGCGCAGGGCGGGCCCAAGCGCCCCGGGCUGCAGAGAAAGGCCCCCGGCAGCCGCUCUCCGGAGCACGCGCACGCCCAGGCCGGGCUGGACGUGAACUUCAACCCGCAGGCCGCCGACUCCCCGGACUCGGACAGCAGCGACGCCGAGGACGCUCCCCACGCGGCCGACAAGCGCUCCCGGAGGUGGAGGAGGAGCAAGCUGGCCUCGGGCGAGCCGGAGGAGGAGGAGAAGGCCCCCUCUCCGAGCCAGGACAAGGAUUCGGACUCUAACCAGGUUUUCGAUGACUUGUCGGAGACUGAUAUCAGCAGUGAAGAUCACCACCAUAAAAGCAGGACAAACACCACGGAGGAGAAGCUGAAAUCCAGGUUGUUUGAAUUAGCUGCUAAAAUGAGUGAGAAGGAAACAUCGUCAGGUGAGGAACAGGAAUCGGAGGCCAGGACAGAAUCAGACCCGCAGAAAGAAAGUCUGUCCUCCGAAGACAAUGGCCAGUGCAUCCAGGAGGAGUUGAAGAAGGAAAAGAGAGAGGCUUUAGAUGUCUGUUUAAAGCUACAGUUUUUGUCCACAGUGCUACAACAGAAGUACUCGGCUGUGUCCCUCUGCAACAUCUCUACCGAAGUCCUGAAGGUCAUCAAUGCCACGGAGGAGUUGAUAGCAGAGUCCACUGGUCCCUGGGACUUCCGGGCAGAUCCUCCUGAGAGGGAGAAGGGGACGUUUCCUCGGGGGACAGACCACGUGAGACUUGAUGAGCAGCUCACUUCCCUGGAGGAAAAUGUGUAUCUGACCGCAGGCACCGUCUAUGGCUUAGAGGGCCAGCUGAAUGACCUGGAGGAUGCUGCCCGAAGAAUCAGCAGCACCACGGGAGAGUCGGAGCUUUCCGAGCUGGAGGACCAGGUGGCCACGGCAGCGGCCCAGGUGCACCACGCAGAGCUGCAGAUUUCAGACAUCGAGAGCAGGAUUGCAGCCCUGACACUGGCAGGCUUGAACGUGGCUCCAUGCGUCCGUCUGACAAGGAAGCGGGACCAGAAGCAAAUGAACCAGGUACAGACCAUUGACACAUCAAGACAGCAAAGACGAAAGCUCCCGGCCCCACCAGUGAAAAAUGAGAAGAUGGAGGCUGCUUCACUCACUUCUGUUAAAACAUUUAACCGGAACUUCAUAAUCCAAGGGUCUAUGACACAAAGGACUAAAGAAAGAAAAAGUACUGCCAAGGACUUGGUGGAACCAACUCUAGGAUCCGCCAUAAUGUUUUAGUGGUACAGAACUCUACUGCCAAUCACACACUGCCUCCAGCUGUAUACACCAGUGCCUUUCUUGAACAGCCAUUGUAUACAGUAUGUCCCAUAGAAAAUAGGCCCCGGAGGAGCAUCGCUUCCUCUGGGAGCAGGGCUUUCUUUUUGUCUUGGAUACCUCACUGAGAAAGCUGUCCAAGGCUUCAGCAUUCUGGUCUGCUAGUGGGAACAUUGCCUUAUGUUCCCUUGAGACUCCAGGAAAGAUACUAAGAUACUGAGUUUCCAAAGCAAAGUUCUUUGUUUUACAAAUGACACCUUUUUUUUUUUCUUGUCAAUUGUGCUAAAGAAUGUCGUCUUUAGAUGAUAUAUGUGGCUUUUUUUUCCUUUUGGUAGCCCUGAUUCCACCAGAUGUCUAUCAAAAUUCCAUCUGGUAAAAGAGGAAAUGGCCAUAUACUGGCCCCUCAUUGCUCACAAAGACCUCCCUGAUUUAUGCAUGCUGUGGAAAACGGACCUGAUAGUGAAUGCUAGUUUCACUGAUUUUGGGAGUGGAAGGGGAGCAGUUUCAUUCCUAAAAACAAAAGAUAAAAAAAAAAAAAAACCUACCGAUGAUCAGAGGCAUCUGUUAAUCUCUUCUCUGUCUGCCAGGCUCCUGGCGCUUAUGAUUAUUUUUAUUAGUUUGCAGUCACAAAUCAUAAUGUCUCAUUCCACCAGGAGGACCCUGGUGAAAUGUAUGUGGCACACCUAAACAAAGACAUGCGUUUGUUCUUUAUCUCCAUCCCAGGGACUAUCAUGAAAUCCAGGCAGGUCACUGCUACCUUGACACCUUCAGCAACAAUUGGGGAUUCAUUCACUGUGUAGGUGCCCAUGGACCUCCUUAGGAUAAAGACUUUCCCACACCAGAGGAGAGAAGAAUGAUGGGAAACACAGUCCAGAACUCACCUCCUGAGCAUUAACCAAAAUUAAGGGUGUGCAAGUUAGUGCUAAUGUUAGCUCACAUAUUUACAUUAUACAAUAUAGCUUCCAAAGUGCUUUCCCUCCCUGUGGGAGAUAAGUAACGAAGAUACUAGUAUUCCCUAGUAUACAGAUAAAGACACCAAGGCAGAAAGACUCUUGUCUCUGUAAAGUUCUAUUGGAUAGGUUCUAAUAGAGUACAAAAGAUAAGUUGAAUACAAAAUUACUUACUGAAAGGCAGUUGGAAAACAAUUUUUUAGGACUCAAAGUAUCAGAUUGUUUCAAGAGAAUUGCUACAUAAUUUUUUUUCAAAAAAAAUUUACCAUAAGGGACAUGAUUCCAAAUUUUAAGUAUAGCAACAAUAAACUGUUCUGUUACUCUGGACAUGUGGACAACAGGAACACGUACUAAAUUUGUGUCAACUUGCAAUCUGUUCACAAAAACAAACAGACCUAAGAACUUCAUUCAGUAAAAUAGGACAUGUUUAUUCAUAAGUUAUUAAAGAAAAAUCUAAUUAGGAGUAUUAAAUUAAUUAAGAUGACUCGAGAAAAUCUCCCUUUGCAUCAUUUUUAACCUCUAGAUGAUUGGUUUGUCUGUUACAUCCAUUCCCUAGUCUUGGUGGCUGCAGGUAUGAAUCAUGAGCUGCCCCUGAUGGUGAUUUGCAUAUUUGUCUAAUUAUAAUAUUUACUAAUACUGUGUAUGUGUUAUCCAACCUAAAAGACUCAUUUGAAUAGAGUAAAUCUUUGACUUUUGUUCCACUGGUGUGAUUUAAAACAAAAUGGAGAAGAAAAAAGCCCACCAUUCAAAAAAGCUCUGAGUUCAGAGUAGAAUGUUUUCCAUAAAGAGGCAUGAGAAGAAGCUACUGUUGUGUUAGUGUUAAAAUAUUCUGUCUUCUUUGACAAAAAUGUGUCCUGUGUAAGCAUUGCAAAAAAAAAAAAAGAAAAGAAAAAAAAAAACUGCUCUAUGGCAUUUGAAUUUUUACAAAAGUUUACUUGUGCCAAAUCUGUGUGAAGAUUUAAUUUUACCAUUGAGAAAAAUCACAAAAAACAUAUGUUCUAUCAAAAUGGAGGAUUAUUUUGUCAUCAAGUGAUUUCAAUCUUUAGUGUUAAUAUUUAUAUUUAGAUUAAUUUUUAUAAAUGAAAAUAUUUUAAUGGUUUAAGAAAAUUAAGAUGCUUUAAUGAUUUCUUUAAUGAAGUCUGAGUACAAGUUAAGCUUGCCUUCAUGUUAUCUGCAUCUUUGCCAAGAAUUACUGUCAGGAGAAGUGAUAACAGAGUAAAAGUCAUUUAUGAAAAAUAA